AUGACUCCCUUAAACCACAGUGGGUUCAGUCACACAGUCUUCUACUUGUUGGGAAUCCCUGGCCUAGAGGAUCAAUACAUAUGGAUUUCUAUCCCCUUCUUCAUUUCCUAUGUCAUCACCCUGCUUGGGAACAGCCUGCUCAUCUUCAUUAUCCUGACCAAGCGUAGCCUCCAUGCAUCCAUGUACCUCUUCCUCUGCAUGCUGGCUGGAGCAGAUGUUGUUUUCUCUACAUCCACGGUACCUCAGACCUUGGCCAUCUUCUGGUUUAAUGCUGGGGAGAUCUCCCUGGAUCACUGUAUUACUCAGCUCUUCUUCAUCCAUUCCACCUUCAUCUCUGAGUCAGGGAUCUUGCUGGUGAUGGCAUUUGACCGCUACAUUGCCAUUUGCUACCCACUGAGGCACACCACUAUUCUUACACCUGCCUGGAUUGGGAAAAUUGGAGUGAUGAUCUUUCUGAGAAGUUAUGAUACAAUUUUCCCCAUUAUAUUUCUUUUCAAAAGAUUAACUUUCUGCAAAAGUAACAUCCUCAUGAACACUGGUUGCAAACACAUUGUCUUGGCACAUGUUUCUUGUAAUGAUAUCCAAGUAAACAUUUGGUAUGGGGUUUUUCUUCUGAUAUCAACAGUCGUCUUAGAUAUUGUGCUUAUUUUUAUUUCUUAUGUACUGAUCCUCUGUGCCAUCUUUCAAAUCCCUUCUCAUGAUGCCCACCACAAAUCUCUCAAUACUUGUGGCUCUCAUGUGUGUGUCAUAAUCCUCUUUUAUGGGCCUGGAAUCUUUACAACACUUACUCAACGGUUUGGACAUCACAUUGCACCCUAUAUCCAUGUCCUGCUAGCCAGUGUCUGCAUUAUGGCUCCACCUAUGUUAAAUCCUAUCAUGUAUGGAAUCAAGACCAAACAGAUUCGGGACCUGGUUCAUGUGUUAUUUACAAAGCAGAGAUAA